CGCGUUGCUACUGGGUUUUCACAAAACUUGACAUAUGCUAAUGUUCUCUUCUAGAACACACAUCUGUUGAAAAGCUAGAACAUGGUGGAAACAACGUGCCUCUCAUGGUCUCUCGAAACGCCUCUGAUGGUUUGGUUCUGAAAAUAGCCAUACCAGGAGCAAGAGCAUCUGAGAGCAGCCUUUUCAAAUCUUUGAACAUUGACAGCCUGUUCAUAUGCCUGAAAAAGGAGUGGGUUUGGUUUGAAGAACUGCCUGAGAUAGAUGUUUCAUGUACGCGCCAGUGGAGACAGACGCCGAGAGCAGCAUCAAGCAUUCCCAGUUCAUGAAAGGCUUGGCAGUGCCAAACCCUCCGAAACCCUACGAGACUGAUCCCAAGGCGAUGGAGAUGCUCUGGCGCACCAGCGAGGAAGCCACCGGAGUGAAGUUCACCAUUUGAGCCACCGCAGUGGGUGGUUGGAUUGCAAACCGCUUAGGUGAGUGGUUGAGUUUGGCCACUGCAUGCCCUUGUAAGCUGUUGCGCGGACUGAUCUAGAGAAUGCCCAGUCGCCAGUGCUAGCCAAAGCAAAGCUGAGAAGUGCGAAAAGGUG